AUGACUAGUACAGAGGAAUACCAAUACAUAUCGAGUCAAAACGGCUUCAAAGUACUUAAACUCCCAUACAAAUUACAAACACAAACAACGGACAGAAGUGAUUAUGAUGAUCUACUCUAUGAUGAUGAUGAUAGAGCUCGACGUUUUUCUAUGUACAUAAUAUUACCUGAUAGGCGAGAUGGACUUGCAGAGUUGAUAGACUUGGCAAGUACUGAUUCAGCCAGCUUUUUUGAUCCAUAUAUUCCAAAAUACAUGCCAUUGAAACGAACAGGAGAGUUCAAGGUCCCAAAGUUCAAGAUAACAUUUGAAUUUGACGCGAAAAGUGUUCUUGAAGAUAUGGGAUUAGUAUUGCCUUUUAGAUCCGGAGCAGAAUUGACUGAGAUGGUGGGUGCUGUUGGUUCCAAUAGUAAAGUUAUUCAUAAGUGUUUUGUUGAAGUUGACGAGCAAGGAAUUGAAGGUGCUGCUGCUACACUGAUAGAGUUUGAGGAAGAAUCUCUGGGUGAUUCUUCUCCUCCGCAACCACCAGUUGAGGAUUUUGUUGCAGAUCAUCCUUUCAUGUUUAUCAUCAAAGCCGAAUUUACUGGGGUUUUAUUAUUUACCGGAUACGUUCUUAAUCCCUUGCUAUAA